AUGGCUCGGACAAAGGGGAACGUAGAGGCGUCUUCAGGGCCUCUUAGCCAAUCCACAGCAGCAGCAGCAGCAGCAGCAGCAACAGCAGCAGCAGCAGCAGCAGCAGCAACAGACACUGCAGCAGCAAAAGCUGCAGCAGGAGAAAGCUCAGCAGCAGCAGCAGCAGAAGCAGCAGAAGCAACAGCAGCAGCAGCAGCACAAACACUGGCAGCAUUAGCUGCUCCAUUACCUGACACAACAGCAACAGAAGCAGCAGCAGCAGCAGCAGCAGCAGAAGCAGCAGCAGCAGCAGCAGCAGCAGCAGCAGAAGCAGCAGAAGCAGCAGCAGCAGCAGCAGCAGCAGAAGCAGCAGCAGCAGCAGCAGCAGCAGCAGCAGAAGCAGAAGGCACAGCAGCAGCAUCACGUGCCUCCACACCACCACCACAAUCACCAUCAUCAUCAUCAGCAGCAGCAGCAGCAGCAGCAGCAGAAGCAGCAGCAGGACAGAGAUCCUUAUCAGCAGAGGGGCCCCCGGGGGGGCCCCCCAGGGGGCCCCCAGGGGGGCCCCCAGGGGCCCCCCGGAGGGGCCCCCAUGGGGUGAACCCCUCGCUGCUGCUGCCGCGGUCCCCACGGACCCGAUCCCGAUCCCGAUCCCGCUCCUCCUCCCCCAGCCCUUCAUCUAUAAGAAGACGCAGCAGCAGCAGCAGCAGCAGCAGCAGCAGCAGCAGCUGCAGCAGCAGCAGCAGCAGCAGUAGUGUAUGCAGGAUUAAUGUAGGGCCCCAGUAUCAGGCACCCUAUCUACCCCCUUUCUUUCUUGCUGCUGAUAUAGACGAUGGGGGGCCCCCAGGGGGGGGCCCCCUAGGGGGCCCCCUAGGGGGCCCCCUAGGUGAGACCCUAGGGGGGCCCCCCAACCUUAUGGGGGCCCCUGAUGAUGAGGGGCCCCUAGGACCUUGUUUAGUUUAUUCAGCGGGUGCUUUGCUGCGUGUUGCUGCUGCUCGUGCAUCAGCAGCAGCAGAAGCAGCAGCAGCAGAAGCAGCAGCAGCAGCAACAGCAACAGCAGCAACUGGAGAACCCUCAUCCUCCUCUUCCUCUUCCUCAGCAGCAGCAGCAGCAGCAGCAGCAGCAGCAGCAGCAGUGGUGCGUUGCUGCGUGUUGCUGCUGCUCGUGCAUCAGCAGCAGCAGAAGCAGCAGCAGCAGAAGCAGCAGCAACAGCAGCAGCAACAGCAGCAACUGGAGAACCCUCCUCCUCCUCUUCCUCUUCAUCAGCAGCAGCAGCAGCAGCAGCAGCAGCAGCAGCAGCAGCAGCAAGUAAAUCUCUUAUAA